AUGGGGCCUGUUUCUAAUGCUGUGCCUGGUUUGGAUGUUGUGGCUCAAAUGAAUACUUUUACAUCAUUUGUGUCCAUGCUAUCUGAUGCUGGAGCAAAGGAUGAAAACAAAUUAAAGGCAGCUCAAGAGCUGAGUGAAAAUCUAGAAGUUAUUGUCAGCUCUCCACAAUAUCCAGCAUUUUUGGAUCAUGCAAUGAAGAAUUUCCUGAAAAUCUUGCAAGAUAGUGAACCAUUAUUCAUAGCAGAAUAUAAUAUUCAGCAAGUUCGGAAAUUGAUUCUAGAAAUGUUUCAUCGCCUCCCAACUAAUGAGCACUUGAGGCCAUACGUGAAACAAUCACUCAAUUUAAUGUUCAGACUACUGGAGAGGGAAAAUGAAGACAAUGUGCUCAUUUGUCUACGGAUUAUUAUUGAACUCCACAAGCAAUACCGCCCACAGUACAGUGUGGAAAUACAAACUUUCCUUCAGUUUGUCAAAGGCAUAUAUCGGGACCUACCAAAUCAAUUGAACAAGAUAUUUGAACCACGAAGCCCCAUCAAAGUCAAAGACCUCAGUGAACUCAACAUUGAAGCUGUUCUUGCUGAAACUUUUACUGCAACUGUUGUACUCACAGAGACACGAACACCUGAUGGCAACAACAUAUCAUAUAAUUUGAUUCCAAAAGGAGUACUUUCAUUAAAAGUUUUGCAAGAACUACCAAUAAUUGUGGUCCUUAUGUACCAACUAUACAAGCACAAUGUUCACCAAGAUGUUGCUGAAUUCAUUCCCCUCAUCAUGACUACAAUCACGCUUCAGCCAUCAGUUCAACACAAGACCAAUCCUGGAUUCAACAAAGAAAUUUUUGUGGACUUCAUUGGGGCCCAAAUCAAAACACUAUCUUUUUUGGCAUACAUUAUUCGCAUCUAUCAAGAAGCAGUUGCCCAGCAGGCAGCACUGAUGGUCAAGGGUAUUCUGGGGCUUCUAAGUCUAUGUCCCAUGGAAGUGGCUCAUCUAAGGAAGGAAUUGCUCAUAGCAUCAAGACACAUCCUUGCAACUGACCUUCGCCUUCAUUUCAUUCCAUACAUGGAACGACUGUUCGACGAGAACUUAUUGUUUGGUAAAGGAUGGACAACGAAUGAAUCUUUACGACCAUUAGCGUACAGCACAUUGGCUGAUCUCGUUCACCACGUUCGACAACAUUUGCCAAUGUUGGAUCUAGCCCGCGCCGUUCACCUGUUCUCAAAAAACGUUCAUGACGAGUCUCUUCCAACUAGUAUUCAGACUAUGUCUUGCAAAUUGCUGCUGAAUUUGGUGGAAUGUAUUCGUCAGCGCUCGGAUGUUGAAAAUGGACCGGGAAGAGAGCUGUUGAUUGAAAUGUUGGAAGUUUUCGUGUUGAAAUUCAAGAGCAUCGUGAAACUGCAGCUACCUACGCUAAUGGGGACGAAAAAUAAACAAGAUUCCAAUGGACCGACCACCACCCCCAGCAGCGAGCCUUCGUCUCCUUCCUUAAGCUGGUCACAGAACGGAUCCCAUCCACAAUCGUCGUCUUCACCUUCAGCUGGGAAUGAAGUGAAGUCGGAAGAUACACGGUCGUCGCUAAUCCUCUUAGACGAAAAAGAGAAAGUGACGAAAUUUACAGUUCGAACUGCGAGUCCUGCGUUCAGUAUCACUGAAUGUCGGAGCUUGGUCAAGACACUGGUUUGUGGCGUCAAAACUAUCACAUGGGGAUGUGCUGCCUGCAAAACCCCUCUUGAAAGUAAAACUACCGCUGCAUCUACAGGAAAGAAUUUGCAACCUAAAGAAACUGUGAUAUUCAUCCGUUUGGUGCAGUGGGCCAUGAAGGCACUCGAUGUUUACGCGUUGAACAUUCCUAGUGCGGCCGUGGCGGAAACAACGGGUAGCCUUAAUAGCACUUUGGCCGGCUUUCCCGUCGCCGGAGUAACUGCUAUUCGACAAACUGCACCUGCACAAACUAUUCGAUCCAAAGAAGAAAAAGAAGUGUUGGAACAUUUUGCCGGCGUUUUCGCGAUGAUGAACCCUCAGACCUUCAAGGAAGUAUUUGCCACAACGAUUGACUAUGUGGUGGAGCGCAUUUAUCGCAAUAGUGCUUUACAAGUAGUGGCCAAUUCUUUCCUUGCCAAUCCUUCAACAUCGGCCGUGUUUGCCACCAUCCUUGUUGAAUACUUGUUGAAUCACAUGGAAGAAAUGGGAUUGAACAUGGAACGUUCCAAUCUCUAUUUAAAGCUGUUCAAGCUGGUUUUUGGGAGCGUUUCUCUCUUUGCUGCCGAGAAUGAACAAAUGUUGAAACCUCAUCUGCCACACAUUGUCAACAAAUCUAUGGAGCUAGCUUUGAGUGCUAAAGAGCCCUAUAAUUACUUUCUCCUGUUACGGGCACUUUUCCGGUCCAUCGGUGGUGGUAGUCACGAUCUUCUUUAUCAAGAAUUUUUGCCAUUACUUCCAAAUCUUCUUCAAAGCCUCAACAGCCUACAAAGUGGACUCCACAAACAACACAUGAAAGAUCUAUUCGUAGAACUUUGUUUGACUGUUCCCGUCCGGUUAUCAUCAUUACUUCCGUACCUACCGAUGCUUAUGGACCCCCUGGUAUCAUCACUAAAUGGAUCGCAGACAUUAGUAAGCCAAGGUCUGAGAACUUUGGAGCUUUGCGUUGACAACCUUCAACCAGACUUCCUUUACGAACACAUACAGCCCGUAAGGGCUGAACUUAUGCAAGCCUUAUGGAGAACUCUUAGGAAUCCAAAUGACCAAAUCGCCCAUGUUGCCUUUAGAGUCCUUGGUAAAUUUGGAGGGGGCAAUCGUAAAAUGAUGGUUGAACCACAACGACUGGAUUACUGGGACAAAGAUUCUGGCCCUUGCGUUGUUAUCCACUUCCAAGAAUUGAAGCACCCAGUCUCUCUUCCUGUUGAAAAAAUUAUGGAGACAGCUUUUUCAGCCCUUAAAUCGAGUAGUACUGAACCAUUUUACCGCACACAGUGUUGGGAAGUUGUUCGCUGCUUCCUGUUAUCCUCACUUCAUCUGGACGACGAUCGUCUUGUAAUGCAGCGCUUGCUGUCUCAUCAUUCGUUCUUAGAGGGAGAUGUUCAUCCUGUACAAAGUCCAUCGUUCCAGUGCAGUGACAAGCAAGCCAGACAUGUUCAUCAAACGGCAGUCACUGCUAUGUUCGUCGCUGCAGCUAUCAAGGAGUUGAGACAAGCCGUACUGCCUACAAUGGUGUCCCUUGUCCGACACUACACGCUGGUUGCCGUCGUCCAGCAGGCCGGCCCAUUUCCUAUGCUUGUUCCAGGACGUUCUGCCCAACGGAUUCAAGGAAUGGAUCCACUUGUGUUGGUUGACGCAUUGGCUACUAUUAUGGGCCACGAAGAAAAAGAACUGUGCAAGCCAGGGCAUUUGGCGUUAGUGUUAAUGCUAGACACGGCUUCAAUCGUUCUCGGGUCUAAAGAAAGAGCCUGCAAACUCCCUCUCAUGGAAUACCUGGCUGAGAGAAUGUGUAGUCUCUGCUAUGACCGAGCCUGGUAUGCCAAAUUGGGUGGGUGUAUCGCCAUCAAGUUUCUAUUUGAGCGAAUGGCGUUCAAAUGGGUUCUUGAACACCAGUACGUCUUUCUGAAGGCUCUUCUUUUCGUCAUGAUGGAUCUCACUGGUGAAGUGUCAAGUGGAGCUAUUGACAUGGCCAAAGCCAAUUUGGAGAAAAUGCUUUUACUGUGUGCCACGCCGCUAGCUGAGACUUCCCCAUCCCCUGAACUGUUGUCGGCGCAAAAGAAGAGCUUGCACGAUGUGACUCACGAACUCGUACGCCAGGUCACCAGUCCAAAUUCGACUGUGCGUGAGCAAGCGAUGCAUCUGCUGCAGGUACUGGCACGUAUCACAAACCAAACACCAACUGCGAUCAUGGAACCUCAUAAAGAAGUUUUGGCUGACAUGAUUCCACCGAAGAAACAUUUACUGCGGCAUCAACCCGUCAACGCUCAAAUCGGUCUGAUGGACGGCAAUACGUUUUGCACGACCUUGAAGCCGCGACUCUUCACGAUUGAUCUCAACGUUGUUGAGCACAAGGUCUUUUUCCACGAGUUGCUUUCACUGUGCGAGGUGGAUGACACAGUUCUCUUGAAACUACCCUGCUACAAGUCGGUCAGCAAUCUGACACCACUGAGGAAAUCUGCAUUGCAAGCCCUGGCCGCGUGUCACUACAUAACGCAGUGUCGUGACAAGAUCCUGAACGUGAUCUUCAAAGCUUUGAGUUGUAACAACGCCGAACUGCAAGAAACGGCAUUCUCCUGUAUGAAGAAGAUACUGGUUGGCACUCAAAUCGAAAUGGAAACGGUGCACGCGGCCGUUCGUCCGUUGCUACUCCUAUUGGGUGACUACCGCAGUCUGUCUACCAACGUCAUACUGCGCUUGUCGCACACGACCCAACUUUUCCCUCACGUCUUCAACGAGAAGCUUUGUGAGCAACUUCUUCAACAUUUGCGCAAGUGGCUCGAAGUGGUCAUCGUGGCGUUCAAGACUGGAGGGAAUCGUCCCGUUGCAACCCAUACCAGCAGCGGCCCUUUCAACAGCAGCAGCAGCCUUUGCAGCAAUGAAGUUAAGGUGGCCAUCGGCAUCAUCGGCCUGUUCCAUCAGAUACCAGCCGCGUCGGCCAGAUUUCUCGAAAUUCUCUGCAAACUGGUACUGCAAACGGAACGCGCUUUAGGAUUGGAGCCAGGCAGCCCAUUCCGCGAGCCGUUGAUCAAAUUUCUUUUGCGAUAUCCGACGGAAACGAUCGAUUUACUAUUACGAGACGAUAUUAUUGGCGAUGCCGAUUGGAAUCGCUUUUUGGAGCACUUUGUGCGUCACAACGAUGGUAAACCUUUCCGUGACGCCAUCAAGGCCAACACCACUAGGCUGAUCAAUUUCGUGCUUGGCGGAAUCCCUUCGGAGUCAGGCACGGCCAAGCCUCAUCCGUUGCAAGUAACUGUUCGAAUCUUGCGCAUCAUUAUUUGCAAAGACGACCAGUGGAUAUCGGAGCAAGCGGAAUUGAUAAGCGUUUUGACGAAAGCCUGGUACUCGGGUCGCUAUGACGAGAAGAAGACGAGCGAUCUUUCAAUUGCUGAGCGAAAAGAGCAGCGCCAACUGGCCAAAAUUCUGUUGCACUACUUUCAACAGCACCCCGAAGAAGUUGAGUUACUGUUUCAUCUGAUGCGCGCCUUGUGCGAUCGCACGAUUCCCGAUUUUUAUUUCUUGAAAGAAUUUUUGGAGAAAACUGUCGGCCAGUCGUAUGGCGCCGACUGGAAGCGAGCAUCGUUCUUCAAAUUUGUGGAGCUUUUCCGCAAUCCCAAUCUCGGCCAGGAACUCAAAGCCAAAAUCCUCCAGCACAUCAUCAUUCCGGGAUUCUCUGUCAGCUUCGAACGAGGCGAAGGUGAACUGCUGAUAGGGACACCGCCCACUCCCGAUCAAGACAAUAAUGAGAGCGUGGUCAGUGUUUUCAUCAAUAAAGUGAUUGAUCCGGAUAAUCCUUUCGGUACGUCGGAUGCCGUUCGAAUCCUACUACUUCAGUUGAGUUGCCUGUUGGUCGAGCAAGCUUCGCAACAUAUCCACGAUGCUGCUAACAAACGCCAAGGAAACAAGCUUCGUCGAUUGAUGACUUUCGCGUGGCCUUGUCUCUUAAGCAAAAACUGUGUUGACCCAACGACGCGCUACCAUGGCCAUCUUUUGCUGAGCCAUAUUAUAGCCAAGUUCGCCAUACACAAAAGGAUUGUGUUGCAGGUGUUCCACAGUUUGCUGAAGGCGCACGCCGUCGAGGCGCGCAGCGUCGUCCGACAGGCGCUCGAAAUUCUGACGCCAGCCAUGCCACUCCGAAUGGAAGAUGGCAACACGAUGCUUACCCAUUGGACGAAAAAAAUUAUUGUCGAAGAAGGUCACACCAUUGCCCAGCUGGUGCACAUCCUGCAGUUACUGGUGCGCCACUACAAAGUCUAUUACCCGGUUCGACAUCACCUGGUGCAGUACAUGAUCACCUCAAUUCAACGCCUGGGAUUUACUCCGACCGCCACGCUGGAGCACAAGAAAUUAGCUGUCGAAUUGGCAGAAGUUGUUCUCAAGUGGGAACUGCAGCGCAUGAAGGAUGAAGCGGAUUCGGGAGGUGAGUCUUGCGAUGAGACUCUGCCAGCAGGUUCGCAGAAAAGGGCAGGCAAUGACGGACAACCGGAAUUAAAGAAGCCGAGGCUUGCAUCCUCAUCUUCCUCCGGCAAAACGCUUGAAGUCAGUAAACCCAUUGAGAAAACUCAUUGCGACGCCAUUGCAAACUUUUUGCUAAGGCUAGCCUGUCAGGUGAACGAUACAACUUCUACGGCCAACAGUUCGGGAGAGCAGUUAUCUAAGCGUUGUGUAGCCCUUCUGAAGAUGGCUUUGAAACCUGACGUUUGGCCCAAUUGUGAGCUGAAACUGGCUUGGUUCGAUCGCCUUUUCCAGACGGCAGAUAACACUCCCGCGGCUGCAACGGCGUCGGCGGCGACAGUCUCUGCGCCAAAUUUUACCAACAUUUGCACAGCCCUCGAUUUACUAACUUUUCUGCUGAGCAUCUUACGCAAAGAACAAAUUCUAGCCGGAUUUAAACCGCUUCAACGCGGCCUUUCUUCGCUCAUGAACUGCGUAAAUCCUAAGGUUAUACGAUGCCUUCACGGACUGCUAUCUCGUCUGAUGUCCGUGUUCCCGACCGAACCAACCAACUCCAACGUGGCGUCGAAGCACGAAGAACUAGAAGGCUUGUACGCUGCCGUUACGAAAGCCAUUUACGAAGGUCUAGGUGCCUACGAGAGGAACACGACCGCCCCGUCCACGUCUUUGCUUGGAACCUUGAUGCUACUGAAAGCUGCCUGCACCAACAAUCCAUGCUACAUCGAUCGACUCAUUACAUCUUUCAUGAGAGCGCUACAAAGAAUGACUCGUGAACAUUUAGCGCCUGCAACUGGCGAUCGCCAGACGACGGCGGCCACCACGACGACUGAGAGUGGCUUCAGCUCGUGCGAAUUACUCAUCCUCAGCCUCGACUUGGUCAAGAAUCGUGUAGGAGUUAUGGGAGUUGAGAUGCGAAAAGCCUUCAUCGGCUCUAUUCUCGUUGGCCUCCUAGAGAAGAGCAGUGAGCCCAAAGUGGUGCGGUCUAUCGUUCGUAUGCUGGAUGAGUGGAUGAGAACAAAAACGCCGAUCGCCAUCAAUCAAGGACCAAGCUUGCGUGAAAAAUCCAUCCUCCUCGUCAAGAUGAUGCAGUGCUUGGAAAAACGAUUCCCUGACGACGCAGAAUUAAACAUUGCUUUCUUGGAACUUAUCAACUUUGUCUAUUGUGAAGAAUCGCUAAAAGGCUCCGAGUUGGUGUCGAAAUUGGAACCAGCAUUCCUUGCUGGCCUACGCUGUCCACAGCCGUCAACUAGAGCAAAGUUUUUUCAAGUUCUUGAUACGAGCAUGAGGCGCCGGCUGCAUGAUCGACUGUUGUACAUAGUCUGUUCCCAAAACUGGGAGGCCAUUUCAGCUCAUUAUUGGAUCAAACAGUGCUUAGAGCUGAUUUUGGUGACGUCUGUUUCCGGCGCUCCCAUUCAUACGGCUCCUGCAUCGGCAUUACUACCCGGCGUUACAUCUGUCAUCGCCACAGCCGAUGCUAGUGAAAGAGAAAAUUUCAGUGUAGCCGGAAACAUUAAAGAGGAGCCCGAGGAAUUGCUUGACGUUUUCGCUCACGUGAAGGAAGAUGACAUUGACAUGGAUUUGAGCAACGCUCCCAAUGAUCCGCUCACCCCGUCUGGCGUGAACAAGACUGGGUUAGCCACGCUGGUCAACCGUCAAGUUAAAUUUCUGGAAAGCGGUCGGGAAAUAACGUCGGCGCAAUUUCUGGAAGCGGUCGCACAACUGGCCCAUAUGGAUACAUCUCUAGCUGAAGUUCUCUGGUUGGAGUUGUUCCCACGCAUCUGGAAGGUCCUUGGUGAAAGACAACAACAAGCGCUCUCCGUUGAACUUGUACCAUUCUUGUGCAGUGGAGCACACGUGAUACAAAAAGAUUGCCAACCAAGUGCCAUCAAUACGUUUGCUGAAGCCCUUUCGUUGUGUAGCCCACCAAUUCGCAUUAAACCCUGCCUUUUAAAGUAUCUGGGUAAAUCUCACAAUUUGUGGCACCGAAUGACUCUGAUGUUGGAACAAUUAGCAUUCGACAGCGGCAAUCCCACCGCGCACACCAAGGUGAAACAAAAAGAAGCCAGCAAUGAUUUCGAUUUGGACCCCGGAGCCGUUUCUCAUCAGGAAACCUUAGAUGCUCUCUCCGAGAUGUACAGCACAUUAAAAGAAGAAGAUUUGUGGAGUGGAUUGUGGCAACGUCGUGCUCAUUUACCUGAAACCAUCAUUGCUGUUGCUUACGAACAACAAGGUUUCUUUGAGCAAGCUCAAGGAACUUACGAGCUUGCCAUGACCAAAGUUCGACAAGAAUUCGCUAACACGGCAGCUCCAAUUUCUCUUCAGAGCGAAUAUAGAUUACUUGAAGAACACUGGAUUCGUUGUGGCAAAGAGUUGAAUCAGUGGGAACUGCUUCAAGAAUUCGGUUGCUCUCCCGAAUGCUUGAACUACCAAUUGGUCUUAGAAAGCGCCUGGCGUACACCAAACUGGAUUGUCGUUCGAGAUGCAUUAACUCAGUUGGAACAAGCCUGUCCAAAGGAGUAUGCAUGGAAGGUGAAUUUAUAUCGUGGAUUCUUAGCCAUGUGUCACCCAGAAGAACAACACCCAAAUAUGGUUGAACGUUACGUAGAACUAGCGAGUAGCCUUUGCAUUCGUGAAUGGCGACGACUACCUGCAAUUGUUUCUCAUGUUCACUUGACAACCUUACAAGCUGCUCAACAAGUAGUUGAACUUCAGGAAGCUGCACAGAUUCAUCAAGGACUUCUUCAAUCUCGACCUGGGACGCUACAUGACGUAAAAGCUAUCGUCAAAACAUGGAGGAAUAGGCUACCAGUCAUUGCGGAUGACUUGAGUCAUUGGAGUGACGUUUUUACCUGGAGACAGCAUCACUAUCAAUUCAUCGUGUCUCAUUACGACCAACAAAGUGAUCAACAAGCCAGUGCCCAGUCGAUGCUCGGAGUUCACGCAUCCGCCCAAGCAAUCAUCCAUUUCGGUAAAGUGGCACGGAAGCACAAUUUGACUGGCGUUUGCCUUGAUUCCUUAGCAAGAAUCUACAGCAUCCCAAGUGUACCUAUCGUUGAUUGCUUUCAGAAAAUCAGACAGCAAGUUAAAUGCUACCUUCAGGCUGCCAAUGUGUUGGGUAAAAAUGAAUUGCAAGAAGGACUUGAGGUUAUCGAGUCAACGAAUUUAAAAUACUUCGCCAAGGAAAUGACCGCAGAACUUUAUGCCUUAAAGGGCAUGUUACUGGCCCAAAUUGGCAGGGCAGACGAUGCCAACAAAGCUUUUUCGGCUGCUGUGCAAAUGCACGACACGCUUGUCAAAGCUUGGGCCUUGUGGGGUGACCAUUUGGAACAAGUUUUCACAAAAGACUCUCGCAAUAUCGGCAUUGGAAUAUCGGCUAUCACUUGCUUCCUUCAUGCGUGCCGUCAUCAAAAUGAAUCAAAAUCGAGGAAAUAUCUGGCUAAAGUGUUAUGGCUCCUUACCUACGACGACGACAAGCUGUCAUUAGCUGAAGCUCUGGACAAGUAUUGCGUCGGAGUUCCACCGGUGCAGUGGUUACCGUGGAUCCCUCAACUACUGGUUUGCCUUGUGCGCGACGAAGGAAAAUUAGUCCUUAACUUGUUGAGCCAAGUUGGACGAAUGUUCCCUCAGGCAGUGUAUUUCCCCAUCCGCACCUUGUACCUGACUCUGAAAAUUGAACAGAGAGAACGUUAUAAAUCCGCCGAAUUGGCAGCCACUCAGGCCACGGCUGACAGUGGUGCCACGGUUGGCAAUGGGACACCCCAGGCUAGCACACCCGCUGCUGCGGGGGCGGAAGCAGCUGGUCCCAUCAAAGCCACUGAGCCCAUGUGGCGUUGUUCGCGAAUUAUGCAUAUGCAAAGAGAUUUGCACCCUACUGUGUUGUCAUCCCUUGAAGGCAUCGUCGAUCAAAUGGUUUGGUUCAGGGAAAACUGGUAUGAAGAAGUAUUGCGGCAAUUGCGACAAGGUCUCGCAAAGUGUUAUGCUAUCGCUUUUGAAAAUCGAGGAUCCGUUGCCGAAGCCACCAUCACUCCCCACACGUUGAGUUUCGUCAAAAAGCUGGUAGCGACGUUUGGCAUAGGCAUCGAAAACAUCGCCAAUUCGGCCAGCGGCUCGUUCAGUAGCGCAGCUUCCGAGAGUUUAGCACGGCGAGCUCAAGCCACAGCACAGGAUCCUGUUUUUCAACGGAUGAAGACGCAGUUCUCUACUGAUUUUGAUUUCACGUUACCGGGUGCUAUGAAACUCCACAAUCUUAUUCACAAAUUGAAAAAAUGGAUAAAGAUUUUGGAAGCCAAAACGAAACUGUUGCCAAGGUCCUUCCUUAUUGAAGAGAAGUGCAGAUUUCUCAGCAACUUUAACCUACAGACGGCAGAGGUCGAACUACCUGGAGAAUUCCUUCUACCCAAGCAUACUCAUUACUACGUGCGCAUAGCUCGUUUCUUGCCACGAGUGGAAAUCGUCCAGAAGCACAACACAGCAGCCCGGCGUCUUUACAUUCGAGGACACAACGGCAAAAUCUAUCCGUACUUGGUUGUAAACGAUGCAGGCCUUGGCGACGCCCGGAGAGAAGAACGCGUUCUACAGUUGCUGAGAAUGUUGAACAAUUACCUGAAUAAGCAUAAGGAGACGUCGAAGAGAUUCCUAAACUUCACUGUUCCGCGCGUAGUGGCUGUAUCACCGCAGAUGAGGCUAGUCGAAGACAACCCAUCCAGCGCCACGUUGCUGGACAUCUAUAGACUGCGUUGCGUGAAACGCAACAUUGAACACGACAUGCCUAUCGCCAAAUACUACGAAAGACUAGCCACUAUUCAAGCCAGAGGGUGUCAGGCUAGCCAUCAAGUGCUGCGAGAUAUUCACAAAGAUGUACAGCAAAUCAUGGUGCCACGAACUUUGUUGCGCGAAUGGGCUAACGUCACGUUCCCAUCAGCCACAUUUUACUGGACUUUCCGAAAAAUGUUAACACUACAAAUGGCUCUGGUUAAUCUGGCCGAAUAUGUAUUGCAUCUAACGCGUCUCAAUGCAGACAUGCUGUACAUACACCAAGAUUCGGGUCUUCUUAGCGUGUCCUACUUCAAGUUCGACGUUGAAGACCUAAACGGAGAAUUAGAUGCCAACAGACCCGUACCUUUCCGAUUGACUCCCAAUAUGGUUGAGUUUUUAACGAUGAUUGGAGUGGCUGGUCCUCUUACAGCUAGUAUGAUUGCUGCGGCUCGUUGUUUGGUACAGCCCAGUGUCAAAGUUGCUGCUAUCCUGAAAGCAGUUUUGCGAGAUGAGAUGAUUGCCUGGCAUAAGAAGAAAACCGCCGACGAGAAAGACACUGGGGGAAGUGGCCAAGUGGAAGGAGAAAUUCUAAUUGGUUUGGUUAAUAAAGCAGUCAAUGCGAUUAUCAACAGGCUCCAAGGGUUGUCCACAUUCGAUGGAAAUGAGUCUAAAGUCAGCACUUUGGUUGCCGCAGCCAAUAGUAACGACAAUUUGUGCCGAAUGGAUCCUUCGUGGCAUCCGUGGUUGUAACGUAACCAUUUUCCCCCAAGCUGAUAAUGUCUAACAUCAAAUGUAAACAUCAUGUAACCAAGUAUAAAAGCUUGCUUCAUCAAUACACUUGUCAAUUCUUUUA